CGGGCCUGCGCGUGUGAGAGAGGAGGACGCAGCCGGCGGGGCCGAAGCGGUGGCAGCGGCGGGGCUAGGCCGGGCAUUAUGGAAGAAGAUCUGACUUCUCUGUUCUUCCAGCAACAGUAUAUGUGCUCAGAGUGUGGGUGUCUCUACAAUACUUUGGAAGAGGUGCUGAUUCACCAGGAGGGACACCUGGCCGAGCCCCACGAGCCCCCUGCUGCUGCCACUGUUGUGGACACAGAGUCCCAACAGGGCAGCCGUUACCAAUGCCUGGAAUGUGGGUGUGUCCUCUUGUCACCGGAUGAACUCCUAGCCCACCAGGAAGUUCACCCCAGAGAGGUGCCAAGCCAGCCCCCAUCAGCUUCAGCUGGGCAGAUCCGCUACCAGUGCAAUGUGUGUCACAAGCUGUUUCCUUCCACCAGCCUGUGGCUGGUACACCGGGAAACACACCAGAAGCAAGAGGCUACAGGGGAUCCCCAGCCGUCAGCUGCAUCCUCCUGCCUGACAGCUCCUUCUCCUCCUCCUUCCGCCUUACCAGUUCUACAUCCCUCCCAGCCAGAUUCCCCGCCUCCCUCCCAGCCUGCUCUGUCCAUUCAUCCCUAUGAGUGCUCGGAGUGUGCCCGUCUCUUCCCAACGCCAGAGGAACUGCUGGAGCACCAAGGCGAACAUUUCACAGAGAUAGAGAAAGAAAGCGGGGAAGUGCCUGAGGCUGCCACACAGGAGAUUCACAGUCCACCCACAACCCCGCCGCCAGGCCCCGAGGAGCCUCCAAUAGCAGUUCCACCCGCUCCCGCCUUCUGCUGCAGUGAUUGCCAACAGGCCUUUAGUACAGUGGAGGAGCUGCAGCGGCACCAGCAGGAGCACAACAGUGAAGAGUUUCUGUGUGGCGAGUGCCAGCGUGGUUUCACCACAGCUAAACGAUUGUUAGCUCACCAGCGGGUACACGUAGAUGGCACGUAUGAAUGCCCCAACUGCAAUAAGAUCUUCAAGAAGGCAGCAUCCCUAGAGCAGCACAUGCGCAUCCACAAAGGAGAGGCGCUGUACCUUUGCAUGGACUGUGGGCUUGGCUUCUCUACCGAGAUGACCUUGAUAGUACACCGCAGGAGCCACACCGCCAACCCUCUGCACAGCUGCCACUGCGGCAAGACUUUCAGCAACAUGACCAAGUUUCUUUAUCACCGCCGCACCCAUGCUGGGAAAAGCGGGGUUCCUCCUGUUCGCGGGGCAGGAGACCAGGUACCCAGUCAGCCUCCCGAGCCUCCACCCAUUAGAGAAUCCACCGUGAACGGCUCUUCCUCCUCUCCCAGCACAGGGACAGCAGCUGAGGUGCCCAGUGCUGCCUUCCUUUGCCCUCAGUGCGGAAAGGUUUUUUCCACCCACAUCCGAAUGGUGCGGCAUAAGCGGGUAGUGCAUGUUCUGGAGCGCAAGCACAAAUGCCCCACUUGUGGCAAAAAGUUCAAGAAGCUGGUGCAUGUACGAAACCACCUGCGGACGCACACUGGGGAAAGGCCUUUCCAGUGCUCAGAGUGUGGGAAGACCUUUGUUUCCCAGGCUAACUUGGCCCGGCAUCACGUCACACACACCGGAGAACGGCCUUAUCAAUGCCAGGUUUGUGACAAGCGCUUCACCCAGUCCUCUAACCUUCGCCAGCACCGCCUCUUGCAUGCAGUCCCCAAAAGAGAAGGGUCUCAGUCCACUCUGCGCCGGACUUCACCCACAGGCUGUUUGACCUUCCGUUGUCCGGACUGUGACAAAUGCUUCCCACGCCAUCACCUGCUGGAAUUGCACCGGCUUAGCCAUUCUGAGCAGGACCCCCAACGCUGCCCAGACUGUGGUGUUCUUUUUGUGUUGACUUCCAAAUCACAGGAGCACCGCUGUGGCAGGAGCCACGAGCAAUCUUACGCUUGCCUGACAUGCGGCAAGCACAUUGGCUCAUUGGCUAAGCUGGCCAUGCACCAGCUGGUACAUUCAGGCUCGCGCUCUCACCUUUGCCCGAUUUGUGGAAAGGCCUUCACCACUGCUAGCGGGCUGAGCCGACACCAACAGCGCCACACUGGCCUGCGGCCUCACAAGUGCCCUGUCUGUGCCAAGAGCUUCGUAGCAGCCUCUGGGCUGCAGCUACACCAGCGAAUCCACACGGGUGAACGCCCUUUUCCGUGCCCAGACUGCGGGAAGGCUUUCCGACAGGCUACUCACCUGCAGGAGCACAGGCGCCUCCACACAGGGGAGCGCCCCUACCUUUGUCCAGACUGCGGCAAGGCAUUUGUGCAGUCCAUGCACUUGGCUGAGCAUCGGCGCAUCCACACUGGUGAGCGCCCCCACCCCUGCCCCAUCUGCCCUAAGACCUUUAAGACACUUUCCAACCUGCGCAGCCACCGCAAGACCCAUGCACAACUGGCAGGUGACCAGGGGCCGUUCCAGUCUGCUGGGUCCCUGGCAGCAACUGUCCAGCCCACCCACGCUAUCAUGUGCACUGAGUUUGGGGAGACCAUUGCUAUCAUAGAGAGUGCUGAGCCACUCCCCUUGGGGGAAACAAUAGAGAUAUAUGAGGCUACAUUCGAAGGCAACAUCCAGGUAAAUGCCUUUGUAUAGGGGGGGGGGUCGAGCAUCUCUUAAGUGUUCCUUGCACAAGGGUUUGGCGCACGUCAGGAAGAAGUGGAGUACGGUUUCCCCCAUUCCGUGCGCAUCAGUCAAGCUUGAGUGUCCCAGCACUUACGCUUAUGUACCAAUGGCACAGUGCCCAAAUGGAAUCUGUUCAGUUUGUGUUGGGACCAAGCCCUCCUCUCUUACAUUUCUUGGAACUUUGCCUUUUUAGUGCAAGAUGUGGUUCCAUGGAAUGGGGUUAGACCAUUAC